UUACCCGGUAUGAAAAUCUAUCCAAUCCGCAGCGCUGCCGGUGAAGGUGACGGGGCAGGAUAUCCGCUUUGACUCUGUCCUUGACGCUGCUGAAGAGGAGACAGGAGCAUCAGAGCUGCUUGAAAAUGGUGUCCUACUGGAGGCAGGCUGGUCUCAGCUAUAUCCGCUACUCUGCGAUCUGUGCCCAGGCCGUGCGGUCCGCACUGAAGCCACAGUACAAAGCGGCUGCAGAGAAGGCUGCUGGAUUCAGUGUGAAAGUCCUUCCGCCAAAGGCAGCAGCAUGAUCUGGCUUGCUUUGGAGUGUUGGACGGUGGUUCUCGGUUGUGAAGUCCGGUUUGGCUGUUCAGAUUCCCCUUGUGUUAAAUGCGCUAUACAAGACCAGAUUCCAAUUAAUUCGACAAGCAAAGCCCUGUAGUUCAGUAACUUAAUAAAAGGCCGCUGCUCAAGCAGUUUUAUAUGUA